AUUUAUUUGAUGUAGUACGGUUUUUGCCCUGUCAUUGUUCAGUCACACACCUCAAACUUCCGAUUAGAGAAACACUCUGACACGGCCAGCAACAUGGCGGAGGAGCGAAGUGUUGCAUGCAGUGACAACCAACGUAUUACAGACUACAGCUUGUUCUUUAACGAACAAACGAAACUGACAAAACCGGCACCUGUUUGGAGGUAUGUAGAACAAAAGAGUAAAACGCCGACAUCUGGACAAGUAUGGAUGGAUGGAGGAUUACCAAACAGCAUACAGUUUCCCCUUCUCAAAGCAACGUUAACGUUAAGCGAUGGUGAGGAGGUAGAAAUUACACCCGCGGAGAUGAACCUUUGUCUUCAGUAUACAAGCACAAAGGGGAUGCCAAAGAUCCGAGGAUGGGUGGAGGAGUUAUACAGGCGUGUACACAACCCUCCAACAAUGGACGACGGUGGACUUCCCUCAUCCCUCGCCUUGCUACUCACCCCCGGGGGAAGAUUUGGCGUGGUCCAGGCCUUAAAUAUGUUUGUGGAAGAUGGAGGUUGUUUUCUCGCUGAAGAAGUGAUUUACCAGACAAUAAGUCCCACAUACUUACCACGGAAAGUCAGAGGCGUUCCAAUCCGAAGUGAAAAUGGAGGUAUGGACCCUGUCCACCUUAAGCAGGUAUUGUCCGAAUGGAACGAGGGGAGCCAGGGACGGCGUCCCCAUCUAAUGUACAUCGUCCCUAGUCUAAGCAACCCCACGGGGAAGACCCUGAGCGAACAACGGAAGAAGGACCUCUACAACGUUGCCCGAGAGUUUAACAUCCUCAUCUUGGAAGACGAUCCGUACUACUUCUUGCAGAGCUCUCUCGUCCCGAGUUUCCUGUCGAUGGAUACGGAUGGGCGUGUUAUUCGAGUUGACUCAUUUUCGAAGACGUUAUCCCCAGGGUGUCGAAUUGGUAUCGUGUUUGGACCAAAGCAGAUUGUGGACAAAAUGGCAAUUAUACAACAUCCAAUGACAGGGGGGCCGAGCGGAAUAUCUCAGGUGAUAAUCUCUAAGGUUGUGAACACCUGGGGGCACGACAAAUUCCUCAAACACAUGGAAAAGGUGGCUAGCUUCUACAAACAGAGAAAUGACACACUGAUAUCAUAUAUGGAGAAAUAUCUUAUAGGUCUGUGCGAGUGGACACCCACGGGCGGUGGGAUGUUUCAGUGGGUGACGUUACUGGGCGUGGACAAGUCCGAGCCGGUCGUUGACAGAUUGAUGGAGAGGGGUGUGUUCGCCAUGGAUGGCUUCAUCUUCUCCGUGGACCUAGCAUCACGACCCAACAUCCGUCUCGGCUUCGCACAGGUGUCGGACGAAGAAAUGGAAAAGGCAAUUUCAACAUUAGCUGGUGUCCUGAAGGAAAUGAGAGACAUCAAAUGAAAACACGUUUACUCAAAAUGGCAUCUACACUAACUCCUGACAACGAGAUAUGAAACGUAUUCAAGACUAUUAGUAUUGUACACUAUAAAAGAUAUGUGAGAUCAUAAUGGAUAUUACCGGUGAUUAUCGAGAUUAUUGUAACUUAUAUAUAUUUGUUUUCAAUGUAAUCUCGGUUGUCAAAUGAGUACCUCGUAUUCCAAAAUUAUGUCCAGUGCAAGUUUUCCCAUCGAGAUUUAAUUAUGGAAAUAUUUUUGUCACUUAUAUUUCCAAGUAAUCCAGGAUGUCUAUUAUGUACCCGGUGUUCAGUAUGGUCGAGAGUGUCUUUUAAAUGCCGUGUGUUCAAUAUGAUCCAGACUGUCUAAUGAGUGCCUUGUGUUCAAUAAGAUCCAGACUGUCUAAUGAGAACCAGGUGUUCAAUAAGAUCCAGACUGUCUAAUGAAUACCUUGUGUUCAAUAAGAUCCAGACUGUCUAACGAAUACCUUGUGUUCAAUAAAAUCCAGCCUGUCUAA